UAAUUGUUGAACACGAUUUAACAUUUAAACCAUAGUUUCUAAUUUACACACACUCGAACAUGUGCCUAACCGGAAAACCAUAACCGGAACAAACCAUGACCGGUGGCAUAACCCUUAUCCAAUUCCCCACCGUCCACCACUCAUUUCCACCACCACCCAUUUCCGCCACAAACAAACGCAUCUCCGCCGCAUCAUCCCCACCAACCGAGAUCAGAGUAUGCACCAACCGAACCUGCCGUCGUCAAGGCUCAACGGAAAUCCUCCAAGUCCUCACCGGAAUCGCCCCACCCACCAUCUCCGUCACCUCCUGCGGCUGCUUGGGCCGGUGCGGCUCCGGCCCAAACCUCGUUGUUCUACCGUCCGAAACGUUCGUGAGCCACUGCGCCACUGCUGCUCGUGCUGCUGACGUCAUGGGGAGCGUGUGUGGUGUUGAUUCGGUGAGGUGUAAGAAGAGUUUGGAGGCGCUUGCAGUUAGGAAGAAAGGUGAGGCUGAGAUGGAGAGAGGGGAGUUUGUGACGGCUGAGAUGUUAUUAUCUCAGGCGAUAGAUCUUAAUCCAAUUGGUGGACUUCACUACAUCUAUAAAAGCAGGUCUGUUGCAAGGUUGGCAAUGAACAAAACAACUGCUGCUCUUGAGGAUGCCAUAGAAGCGUCUACUAUUGCUCCAAAAUAUCCUGAGGCUUACGUAUGUAAGGGUGAUGCUUUAAUGGCUGUGGAAAAAUAUGAAGCAGCUGCAGAUUCUUUUUCAACGGCAUUAGAGUUGGAUCCUUCAAUUCGUCGCUCCAAAUCAUUCAAGGCUCGGAUUGCAAAGCUUCAGGAGAAACUAGCUACUACAAAUUGCUGAUUCGUGAUUUAUGAUCAAGUGUUCGGCACUGAAGAUCAUUGACGUGUUAGUUUACAUUUUUUUUUUGUUUUUCAUCUUGGGUAAGGACGGUGAUGUUAUCGAAUUUGCUUUAUGAGAUGACUUAUUUUGAGGUUGUUUGCAAAAAUGUGCAGGUGUAGUUACUUUAACCUAUUUGCAAAAAGUGGUUCAAGUCUCACAGACGACAGGGAUUAAAAGAAAUUUACCGUUAAAAAAAGAUCUUGUUCCAUAUUUAUGUCAAGGUUGAUGAUAGAGGAUUGGGUUCAUUCACAUGGGGUUAAAAUGAUUUUGGUUUUAACAAGGCUUAGUGAUAGGUACAACAUAAUAGCAUAUUGGGGAUUUGGGGCCAAACUUAAGCGGGUUGCAUAGGUCAGCCAUCAGGUCGAAACGGGCUGGGUGAAGUUGGUUUGACCUGACCUGAAACAGUUUUUGUUGCCCUCUGUUUGACUUUGGCCCGUCUAAUUAAUGAACUUCUUUAUCUGA